GAGGUCAUAAAAGGAGAAGGGAGAAAAGAAAAAAGAAAAACUAAAACGGGGAGAAAGAGAGAAGCAAAGAAAAGAGGGAAACUAAAGAAAAAGUGAAAAGGGCUGAGGGAGUUGUUGCUCGGCUGGGCAUCCAUCCAGCACACCGCAGAGACUUCAGCUUGUGGCCAAGUGAACGGACAAAACCAGUGUGACUGGGAGCCUACUGGGAGAGACUACUACUGAGCAGACUGCCGAGCACCAUGGCUGACAACGUGAACGAGGAGUCAGAUUAUAUCCCGGGGAAAGAUGAGCUGGACUGGGGCUAUGAGGAAGGUGUAGAAUGGGGACUCCAUUUUCCAGCAGCGAAUGGCGAGUACCAGUCUCCCAUUAACUUGAACUCCAGGGAGGCUCAGUAUGACCCGUCCCUCCUGGAUGUCGGCUUAUCACCGAACUACGUGGUGUGUCGAGACUGUGAGGUCAUCAACGACGGACACACUGUCCGCAUCAUACUCAAGUCCAAGUCAGUUGUCACCGGUGGUCCUUUGCCUAGUGAUCAUGAGUAUGAGCUUCAUGAGGUUCGAUUCCACUGGGGCAAAGAGAACCAGAGAGGAUCAGAGCACACUGUCAACUUCAAGGCUUUCCCGAUGGAGCUCCAUCUAAUUCACUGGAACAGCACUCUGUUUAACACUUUGGAGGACGCUCUUGGGAAGAAGAAUGGAAUCCUCAUCAUAGCUCUUUUUGUUCAGAUUGGUAAGGAGCAUCUGGGUCUGAAGGCCAUCACUGAAGUUCUGCAGGACCUGCAGUACAAGGGGAAGAACAAGAUAAUCCCCUGCUUCAACCCCAACACUCUGUUACCUGACCCUUUACUGAGAGACUACUGGGUGUAUGAAGGAUCUCUGACCACACCACCUUGUAGUGAAAAUGUGACCUGGAUCCUCUACCGCUACCCUCUCACCAUCUCACAGCUACAGAUUGAGGAGUUUCGGAGGCUGCGGUCCCAUGUUAAAGGGGCGGAGCUGCUGGAAGGGAAUGAUGGGUUGCUGGGGGACAACUUCCGUCCCACUCAGCCGCUCAGUGACCGGACUGUUCGUGCUGCCUUCCAGUGACUCUCAUUUCCCACUGCCAACUCAGAAAAACUAUGGGGCCUGUAGAUUCAAGUAUAGAAGGAGAGAAGAAAGCAGUGGUGUGGAGAGUGGAAUAGAGGGAGAGAUGGAAAGUUGAUUUGGUUGUAGAUCAGCUGCAGACUGACGGUGGACAAAGAAACUAUUGAUCUCCCAGCUUUGUUUGUGUGUGUGUGUUCAGGUUUCUCAUUCUUACUGUAUAUGUGUAAGUGAGUGUAACGUCCUCCCUGUGCCUAUGUGUGUGCUCUAGGUACAUCUUGAGUGUUGUUGUGGUAAUCUACGAGUAUGUGUUUCCUGAUUAGAGGUUAGGGGGAUUCACAACUUGUCAGUCUCUGCAACAAGGGGAAACAUAAACCAUGUGAUGUACCUGGACACACACACACACAUCCUUGUACUUCUGUAGCUGUGAGGACCCUCAUUAACAUAAUGUGUUCCCCCGACCCUUACCCUAACCUUAACCAUCACAACUAAAACGCCAACCCUAACCCCAAACUAAACAUAAUCCUACCCUAACCCUUGACUUGUAACACAACAGUGUUGAAACGCCACACCUGUUUCGGCAUGCCGACUGUGGCUUUUCACACAGACGUAUUUCGGCUGUUGUUUCUACCAACGUUCCCGGCUCAGAGGAGGAUCUAAUCUGAGCCUCUUUUUCCAGCUCCGUACCUUUCAUACAGCGUGGCGAGCUGGCCUAUUGCUGUAAUAGUCAAAUAGCCAAAAAAUAAGUCAGUAUGAAAGUGCCUCAAGUCUAAACUUUCAAACAGCCCUUUGAAGUUGUGAGGACCAGCCAAAAUGUCCUUACUUUCCAAGAAUGUCCUCACUGUGUUGGUUAAAAUCUUGUUCCAGUCCUCACACACACACACACACACACACACACACACACAUACACACACAAACCCUAACCCUCACCUUUACCUAACUUUAACCUGAACCCUAAAACCACAUCUUAGCCCUCAAAAUGUCGUCUCUACCUGACCUCAAUUUUCCUCACGGUGACACGAGUCCCCAUCAGUUAGUGUGAAGUCAGGUUUAAGUCCUCACUGAGAUAUAAGAACAUGAAACACACACACAUUAAAGAACAUACUGUACCGCCGCAAGACACAGUUUGAUUAAAAAUACACCCAUGUGCUCUGUGUGUGUACUGUGCUGCAUUUUUCGCAUACACCUGAGGUUGAGUGUUCUGCGGUAGGCCAUGUCUGACAAGACAACUACUUUUUUUAGCACAGUUGCCGUGCCUCUGCUUUAUUUUCCUAAAUCUCUGUCAUUACUACAUCCUCAUGUUUUGUUUAGUUAGCAAGUAAAUCCUGCUGGGUUUAAUCAGCUCGUCCUCUCAGAACUCACAGAACACAGAACAGAAUUAAAGUGCAUGAAAUGGUUUAAUAUUAACAUUUUAAUGGGUAUGUUGAGGCUGUGUAGGUUAUAUUCUGUGUGGUUCAGCAGUGUGUGAGCGCUCCACGCAGGGACAUCUGACAUGAGCUGCUGCUUUAACCUCGUCCACAUCUUCAUCUCACCGUACACUCAACAGAUAUUUAGUUAGCCAAACUCACAUUACAUGUACUUUGUAUAAUGCCAAACGCUCAAAUAAUCAUUCUUAACCCCUCCCUGCUUUAGACAGUCAAAUAUCAAACUUACAGAAUUGUUUUGCUGCUUUAGUGUCCACAAACCUUAAAUGUGAUUUUAUGUGUUGGUUGCUAUUUUCCUGACAUUUUUCUGUUAAUAGUGUUAGUAUUCUCUGUGUCAAUACAGGUUUGGUAUCCUGUCCUUGUCUAAAGCAGCUUUAACCCCCAUAAACAUCACAUUUACAUUUAGCUGACACUUUCAUCCAAAGCGACUUACAAUUGCUAUACAUGUCAGAGGUCGAAUACUCUGGAGCAACUAGGGGUCUUGCUCAGGGACAUGGAUGUGUCAAAGUGGGAAUCGAACCCAGGUCUCCCACACCAAAGACAAGCAUUUUUUCUAUGCGCCAUCACCACCCCACAUUAGUGGAAUACUACUUUCAGAACUGUUUUAGAAAGCAGGGAGGGUUACAAGCGCAGCUUUUAUGUGUAUGUUUAUAUUACAUUGAUUCAAAAUGUGAUAUCUUAUGUUAUCUAGGAAAAAUGCAUUUUAAUGCAAGCUGUAAAUGUGGGCAGAAACCAUUGGGAUCAGAAAGCAGUUGGAUCAGCAUCUGGAGGUGGUCAGGCUUGUAUUGUGAUCUCAGCCCGGUGUAAAUGCAGUCAAAGGUCACCUUUCCUGCCAAGUCAAGCGAGCCUUGCAAAAGUUACAAGCAGUAGCAGUAGCUAGCAAGUCUUCCCUUGAGUUAGGAUGUGCCAUGUCUGUUGACAAGGCCUAAGCAUACUGAUCCCUGAUCAUAAAACACGAACGAAAUAACAAGAACACCUUUUAAUACCAGGUGUAAAAUUGAGAAGACCAAUUGAGUGGAUGUCAUAAUCCAGAUAACAUAUAGAUCACAUGUUAUUACCAGGUGUAACUGGGGCCUGUGUGUCUGUGUGUGUACUCUUUAAAGGUACUGUGUUUGACAAACCAUGCUGAAAUAAACUGUGAGAAUUGAUGACUGUUACUGUAAAGCAACAAUAAACUACAACACUGACUCACUAAAACACUAAA